GCUUAAAUUUAUGCAAUUAUCCGCAACCACGUUAUAUUUGCAGCCCCAUACAAUCAGUAAAUGUCUUCGUGUUUAAUUUCUAUUUUCUGCGUUCAUAUUUGCUCGUUAGGUUGGAUAGCCGAAUAGCUGUUCUGUGUGAAUGUGCGGGGGUAGUUGGUCGUUUCAUCUAGCGCACUUUGCUGCAUUUAAGAAUAUUGUUUUUCCCGAAGACUUUACAUAGCUGACCAUAACCUGUACCACGAACUGCUGUAACGUCAGUAAUGGGGCGUAGCAGGUCACCAGCAAAGCCCACUGGAAGGGACAAGAGCAGAGAGGGGAGAGAAUCCAAACGAGAGAAGAAAAGACGGAGAAGCUCCUCUUCUUCCUCGUCAUCGUCCUCUUCCUCCAGCAGAAGCCGCAGCUUAGACCGACAAAAGAAACGAUCCCAUUCCUCCAGCAAGAGCCAAGAAAAGAAGCGGGAUAAGAAAAAGGCGAGGAGGAGGAGCUCUUCAACCUCUUCAUCGGACUCCUCUUCAUCAUCAUCAUCAUCUGACUCCAGUGAUGAAGAAGCCAGAAAGAAGAGGAAGAGGAAGCUUAAGAAGAUGAAGGCCCGGGAGAAAAAAAAGGAAAGAAAGGAAAGGAAGAAGCAGAAGAAGAAGAUGAAAAAGCUGAGGAAGUUAUCAGGGAAGGACACACCUUUGCUGCCCCUUGAUCCCCAGACCCCCACCAAUAAGCUGUCAUGCUCCCUGGAGAUGUGGCAGACUGAGGGUCCAGUGGAACAUGGACCAGCCAUGACUGACGAACAGAAAGCACGGCUCUCCACCAAACGGCCCCUCACCAAAGAGGAGUGGGAGGCUCAGCAGAGUGUUAUUCGCAGGGUGGUGGACCCCGAAACCGGACGUACCAGGCUUGUGAGAGGUGAAGGGGAGAUCCUGGAGGAGAUUGUCAGCCGAGAUAAGCACAAAGACAUAAAUAAGCAGGCCACUAAGGGUGAUGGCAGUGCCUUCCAGAGGAGGCUGGGGAUCAACCGUUAGAGCAGCCUGCCAGUAGAGGCCCAGAUCCUCCAAGGACAAGGAGCAGCGGUGCGUCUGCAGCUCCCCCUGUAGGCUGGUCCACGCUGUGGCUGUGUUUCAUUUUUGAUGCUCUUGGGCUUUUAGGUGGUCAUUUCCAUAUUCAGCUGAAUUAGUCCUGGUUGUGCUGCAGUCAGUGCAUCGUUUUCAAAAGCAUUGUUGGGCAGCUUGGCCACACAUGUCCAAGGUUCUAUGCAUGCAAUCUGCGUGUUCUCUUGCUGUCCAUGUAGGUCUUCUCCAAAAAAAAAACAAGUGAUUUUGAUUGAACUGACAUUCUGUGCAAGAUAUGCCCGGUCCCAGGAAGCCAGACCACCAUAACACUGUACUGGAUAAGUUAUGGAAGCUGGAUGGGUGCAAGUAAUCCAAGCAGUUCUUCCCAUGAUAACUUUAGAUGAGCAUAUGGUCUUACAGAGAGAUAUCUGAAUAUUUAAAUACAUUUUUAUAUUUUCCAUACCAGUUUAAAAAAAGCCUCUCUAUAUUAGAUGGUGUUUCCCGUAAGAAACAGUCCAGAUUUCAGGGUUAUCUGUCAUUUCUUAAUAUUUAUUUAUACACUGUACAUAAAACACGAAAGAAUGAAAGAGCUGUCCAAUUUUCUUUAGAAUCCACAUUGUCUACGACGUAAUUGUACACAGAGCACUACCAGUUUUUGAAACGUUUGCACUAACAGCCAGGAAAGAGGAAAAUAUGAAUGUGGGAAGUGAUUACACACGAGCUCAGCCGAGUAAAUCAUUACCGUUACACUUUUUAAAUAAUCAUGGGACAUUACAAUUGCUUUAAAAGCAGCAGACCCGUCAUUUUGGAUGUGUAAUUAAUUUUUUGUGUGUUUCACUGAUGCCUGUAAAAAAUUCCCUGUAAAUUACCAAUAAACAAGCCAUUCUUAAUUUCA